CGGUCUCUGUGAGCAUGAUGUUUCCUGUUAGCGCCACUCCCUUUGGCACGCUGCUGUUCACAGCCACAUUUAUAGCCGUCGUUGGGAUUGUGUUUGUGUUCUGAGCCGCCCUGUUCCUUCACCGCAGAGACAGGCAGCUGAUGAUGAUGUUGAGCCUCUGGGGGGUAUUUAAAGCCCAGGGAAAGCGGAAGCCUGGCCUGACUGUUAUCAGCUGAGAAGCUGCUAGCUGGUUCAGCCCUGGACUGAGCAGCCUUCAGCAUUAGCCGCCUGUGCUGUUCACUCAUGCAUAGUUAUUAAACAUGAAUAGAGAAGGAAAUGCGAGCUUUUGCGGGCAGCAGAAGUAAAACAUCGCUAAGAAGAAGAAAACGACACGGGAAACACAAGUGAAAAGCAGGAACAGUUUGUGCCUGGCACUCCCCCAGACCUCCCUCACCUCCAACCCUUCACACCCUCCGGUCCAGCCGUGCAGCCGUUGAAUGGACCCGGUAACAAUGACGACCGGCGGGUGCUGCCACCUCCCUGGCUCUCUGUGUGACUGUGCCAGCAGCACAGGCCUGUGGAAGAGCGUGGAGGAAGCGGGUGGCGACGGGUGCCAGGCGCUCUACGUCACCCAGGUCACAGCCAUAGAUGGACGGCUGUUGUCCUCUGUGCUCAAACCCAUGAGUGCACAAAGUGAUGGUCCCAUUUGCCGUAUUUGCCACGAGGGAGGCAGCAGCGAGGGUCUCCUGUCCCCGUGUGACUGCACAGGUACUUUGGGUACAGUGCACAAGAGUUGCUUAGAGAAGUGGCUGUCGUCUUCCAACACCAGCUAUUGUGAGCUUUGCCACACAGAGUUCAGCAUCGAGCGCCGACCGAGGCCUCUCACAGAGUGGCUGCGGGAUCCUGGCCCCCGAAAUGAGAAGCGAACGCUGUUCUGUGACAUGGUGUGCUUCCUGUUUAUCACUCCUCUAGCAGCCAUUUCUGGCUGGCUUUGCCUGAGGGGCGCUCAGGACCAUCUUCAGCUGAGGAGCUGGCUGCAGGCUGUGGGCCUCAUUGCUCUCACCAUUGCCCUUUUCACCAUCUACGUCCUUUGGACUUUGGUAUCAUUCCGCUACCACUGUCAGCUCUACUCUGAGUGGAGGAGAACAAACCAGAAAGUUCGUCUGCUCAUUCCUGAAGCCAAGGAGUCUAACUCUUCCCAGCAUUCCUUACUCUCUACUAAACUGAUGAAAAAGUCAGCCAGUGAGAGCAUCGUAUGAAAGGAAAUGGAGAUCGUAGAUGAUAAUGGUAUCUUUGGUGUACGAGGGCUGAUUCCUAAUGCAUCCUGCCCACAGUUUUGACUUUAAAGAAGCACCUGUGGGGGUUUUUUUUUUUUCUUCUGUUGCUUUCAUCCUUUGUUUCUCCUUUGCACCAUCAGUUCAUAUUUUUUUCACGUAGCGUUUUAUAAUCCUCACAUGGAUGCAGGAAUUAGCACACUUCAAAUGGAGUCUGCCUGUCCUCGUGUCUCGUGUUGACGAAGUUUAUGCAAAGCCACUGAAGAACGGCGGAGGCGUGUGGAAACCGAUCCAAGCUGCGUCUUGUCAUCAGAGAUGUGAUGAUGUAACUGGCUAACACGUGACAGUGGAAAAAUAAAAGAUGGACUGGGUAAACUUGUUAAAGAGGACUGAAAUUUAAUGAUUGUCCUACUUAGUUUAAAAACGCAUCGAUUGUCAGGCGUAGCAGGACUUUUCAUUGUGUGUUGCAAUGAUAGCAGUAACUGCUACAUACAUGUGUAAUCGUGUAUUGUGUGGGCAUGCACUUACUUACUUGGGCCUUCUGUUCUCUACCCACUGAGGAUCUAAUUGUAUAAUCACAAAUUAGUCUAUAAUGUAAAAAUGAAAAGCUUUGAUCUUUGAUUUACAUUUCAGUCACAUCUGGAUAUGCCAGCUGAGAGGAAACUCAGUUCGGAACUCUUCAUUUAUUCAUCAGCUUUUACAUCUCAUCCGAGUCCAGACAGCAGCAUAACAUUCGUAAAGCAGAGAUUUGUGCAAUAAAACACUGUGGACAUCGGGGUCUUCACAGUACACAAAGACACCUCUACCAACGUGCACAGUUAUGCAUGCAAGCAGCACUGUUAAUAUUUUGGGGGGAUUUUUCUUUCUUUUUUUUUUUAACUCUUAUUGUAUUCUAAAAUAAUUUUUUUAAACCACUUAAGAAUGAAUUUCCUAUUCCUACUGAAGUAGGGUUUAACGGCGUCCUCAUAGAGGUUCUUGUAUUAUCAACACUUAACAAGUAGGUAUUUAUAUUUAUAUAGAUGGAUUAAAAACUCCAUCACAAGUGUUGUUUGGUGGCUGGGGCAGUGAACUAAAGUGUUAUUUGUAUUGCUUGUUAUUAAUGAUUGGCAUUUUAUAUUCACACUGUUGUCUGUUUUUUCCAUGAUCACAACAGUCAGAAAAUUCCUGCUGUCCUUUAAGUCCCGUUUAAACAGUUGGUCUUAAUCUGGGAUUUUUACCACUGGUAUUCUGUAAAGGUAACCGGCAAUAUUUUGAUGUUGCUGACCAGACGCGUCUGGGACUGGCUGCGUUGGUGCAGUGGAGAGAUAGCCAAAGUUGAUCACAAACUACAGUGUGUGCCUGGUGUUCAGAUUUCCAGGUCAUAUCAUGGUCCAGUUUUGGGACAUAGUUUAUUUCUUCAUUCUACUUAAUUUAGGUUACAGGGAGAUUGCUAAUUGCUUUUUACGCAUGCUGUCCACAGGGAGGACAGGCUUGAAGAUUAAAAAAAAAAAAAAAACUCCCCAAAAUACAUCUAAUACUAAAAAAAUAACUUAAUUCAGUGGACCUAAUGAAGCCUGUAAAGCUCAGUAUUGGUGUGAAAUUUUUAAUCGAUU